AUGAGUGCAGACAUGAGUGGCCGUGAGUUGAAUGGACUGACUGACGGACAGUUGAUCCACGAGAUAAUUGACGACAUGUGCGCCAUAUGUGCGCUCAAGACAUGCAAUUACGUGCCGACCGUUUGGUCCACAGAAGCCCUAUUCAACGACUUUGUCGCUCAUAUGAAGAGACUGUUGUCACAACUCAUAGACAUCCGAACCAAACAUGAGUCGUUGCAGUCGUUGCCGGAAAGGGUGCAGAAAGUGAUGAUGGAGUGCAUCGAAGUGCGAAGACCUGAAGUGAGGAAAGCCAUCAUCAAUGAGACCAUCGCUCAGCACAACCCGACCCUCAAAGACUUCUUCUGGAAACUGAAUGUCGUGUUAGACUCGGAUAAGAUGUGUGACGUUAACCAACCGCUCGUGAAUCUGGACUUAGAUAUCAGUGGCGACACGAAUGGCACCAAAACCCAGAGGAUUGUGUCCAUGGAAUUGAAUAGAGAAGAGCUGAUGAAAGUGAUUGAGACCCUCGAGGAAGGGCAGCAGGCGUUGAGGCAAUCGUAUUGAUAUCACGCCUUAAAUGGUUCCGAGUUUUUCGUUCAAAUAUUUCAUUUAUUCUCAUAUAUACUGUAAAUUGUGUUUUAAUAUAAAUUCUUACAUAUAAAUCACAUUUAAAAAUGAGUUAAUUAUUUAUUUAGAAAUAAAAGUAAAAUCAAAACCGUGUCAUAAA